UGAUCUUUUGAAGCCAAUAGUUCACAGGGGAGGAGCGGGUUGCUAUGCAACUCCUGWCAACUGRAUCAAKACUAUUUUGAGGAUCGAUGCAAAAGAAAUGAUUACAUCGGAAAGUAUAACCUAACAAGGAAGAUUUCCUUCCAAGAAACAUAAAAAGAUGAAGCAGAAUCGACACUGUUACUUCUUUGUAACUUUGAUCUUCUUCUUCGUCUCUGGUCUGGUGCUUUCAGCACUAGGUGUAAAUAGCUGUCCUGAGGGGUGGACCAUGUUUGGAAAUGAUUCUUGUAUCUCCAUUUCAUCUGAAAGUUCUUCGUGGGUGGAAGCGAACAAAAAUUGCACUGGUCAUAACAACUUAACUGAAUUGAUAAAUAUUAGAGACGUUAAAGAAGAACUUCUUCUGGCUGAAAUACUACGAAAUCUGACGCUAAAGGCGAACAAAACAAGCAAGUUCUACAUAGGUCUAGAAGGGCGCAAAUGGAAUGAUUCCAAUCAAUUUAAUUUUACCUGGACUGACUCUAAGAAUCUGUACAAUUUCACRAACUGGCGAAUCAUUAAUGAGACCAACUGUACUGUGUUUAAUGUUGGCGACCGAGUGUGYWUAUACUUUGAUACUGAAGUUUCAACKUGGAGACUGGGAAACUGUACGAGGAAAGAGCGAUAUGUUUGUAAACAGACCUUUAUUAAAGCUCCUGUUUCUUCGAUAUGUAAAAAAGGAUGGCAUGAAAUUUCAAAUUUCUGUAUUUUCGUCUCGGAGAAAAACACCUCUGGAUACAGUUAUGGAAAAUCUUGUAACCAAUUCGACAACCGAAGCUAUCGUGUAUGGAUUAAUAAUCAAGACAAAGACAAUGAAAUUAUCAAUGUUUUAAAGAAUGUUGUCAAGACUUCCUCUGAGUUUUAUAUUGGACUCGUCCGAUAUAAACAUGAGAUGAAGUUCUACUGGAAUACUGGAUUAAUGUACAAUUAUACAAACUGGUACUCUAUUAACGAGACUAGAAGGACUGCUGGCAAUGGUGAAAGCCGCUUAUGUGCUUAUUACGGCUUGAAUUACAAAUGGCGUCUUGAUAGUGGCUGUUCAAAACCAAGGAGAUAUAUUUGUUCAAUACGUAAGUGGAAAACUAGAGAUUGACAGCUUUUGCAAACUUAAUAUCCCCACAUCAUAGAUGGAUGCAGCAGAGAGGGUUCGUCAAUAUGGUGACUCGCUUUCCUUACACCCUCCUCUGGACCCUCUCC